AGAACUGGGAGAAACUUACCUGAGGAAGAUAGUUGUAUAUAUACGCUCACGAUGUGCUCACUAGCCUCAUGUGAUGGAACUCCGGUCGUCACCGCCGGUCAUUCGUUUCAAUUCCAGCGCCCACCGCCACCAUCAUGAGGUUCUCCUCCAACGCUUCCCUUCUGCUGGGGCUUCUGGCCUCUGCGUCGCACGUCGUCAUUGCAGCCGAUGAUGCUGCUGCACCGGCCGCACCCGCAGUUAACGAAGAUGCCUUCGUACAGGGCGCCUAUAUCGUCGAGCUCAACGGCGAGCAAGAUCCUGCAGCACUCUACGACGAGCUGCGUUCCGACGGCUUGGCCGUGAAGCCCCGCCUGGACCUUAAGUUCGGUCUCUUCAAUGGCGCCUCCUUCAGCGUCGAUGACGCCAGUGAGCCCGACAUCACCACCGCCAAAAUCGCAGAUAAGCUCAGCGUCAAGGGCGUCUGGCCGGUCCGCAAGAUCAAGAUGCCCAAGCCUGUGGGCACAUCCAUCGGUCGUAACGGAACCGCCUCCAGCGCAGCCCUCCUGCGCUCCCUCAAGGACAGACGCGACGAAGCCGUAAAGGACACCUACAGCACCCACGUCAUGACGCAGGUUGACAAGCUUCGCGAGGCCGGGUUCACGGGUAAGGGUAUCAAGGUCGCUAUCGUCGAUACGGGCGUGGAUUAUAGACAUCCGGCCCUGGGAGGCUGCUUCGGCGAGGGCUGCCACGUCGCCUACGGCUGGGACUUUACAGGGGACAAUUACUACGAGAGCUCCGACGCGCCGACACCCGACGCGGAUCCCCUCGAUACCUGCCAGGGCCACGGUACGCACGUCGCGGGCAUCAUCAUGGCGCAGGAGAAUGAGCUCGG